AUGAGUGAUCGACAGGAGCUUGGGCCACUGCGGCUCAUCUAUCCCUCCGUGUUGGACGACUGCAAAUACUGUUCUUUGCUUACAUUUCGUCCGCUGGAUCCUGAUACCAUCGCCAUGAAUGCUGCAACACAGGGUGACAGGGCCUCGGCCCAAUCCAACUACCGCCUCGCUAUCGCACACUACACCCACGCCCUGAGUGAGCUACCCCGCGCUCCGGCAUACUACAUUGCGCGAUCGACUGCCUAUUCGCGCCUCAAGCCCGCAGAUGGCGGACCCGACUACCAGUCCGCACUCAACGAUGCCGAAAUUGCUCUCCAGCUCGCCAAAGAGCGGGGAAACCGUGAGCUGAUUCUCUCCGCCCAGAUGCGCCGUGCCGUGUCGCUGUACCAGCUUGAACGAUAUGGAGAUGCAGGAUUUGUGUUUGAAAUCAUCGCGAAGAAGACUAAGAGUGAGAAAGUCCCAGAGAAUAAAUCGGAACAGGUGCAGGCUGCCAUGGGAGGACCGGGAUCCGGAUGGGGAGGCCCCCGAAACAAUUACAGCGCGCAAAUGCCGAUUUGGACCGCCAAACUUCAACGCAAGCUAGCAGAACUGCCCAAGGAUGACCCGAAGUGCACUGUCUCUAUUGCCGAGUUCCCGCCUUCCACCCACGUUCCGACUGAAGAAGAGGUGAUGGAUCAGUGGGAUGCUCUCAAGGCUGGCAAUAACGUGGGAGUGGCUGGAGCCUCGCAGCAGACUGAGCCUCGGCCCUCGGGGCCUCAGCUCUCAGAGGGAUCGACUCUUUCCCCGGCGGAGAUUGCUUUGGCUUCUCACAUUCAAAACUCAAACAUCAGUGCUACGGCUACCUCUAUUGCCCCGGAUAAGAUUCGCCAUGAGUGGUAUCAGUCACAGGACUCUGUGGUUGUGACUCUUUAUGUCAAGGGGAUCCCAAGUGAGAGUGUCGCAGUCGAUCUGAAAGAAGAUUCGGUCUCGAUACAAUUCCCCCUCCCAUCUGGCGCUGAAUACGACUUUACCCUCGACCCGCUCUAUGCAGCUAUCAACCCCGCCGAGUCCAAGGUCUCAGUCAAGGGCACCAAGAUUGAACUCACUCUGCGAAAGAAGACCGGCCAAAAAUGGGGUGCCCUCGAAGGCUCAGCCACCAAUACCACUGAGAUCACCGACCGUCCAGCCGCACAAAACGCGCCAGCUACCUCGGGCCCUUCGUAUCCCACCUCGUCGCGCCACGGCACUAAGGAUUGGGACAAAGUCGCAUCGUCGCUCACAGAGAAGAAGCCAAAGGACAAGUCGGGGGAUGAUGGCAACGCAGCCGAUGCAUCGGAUGACGAAGGUGGUGAUGCCGUCGACGGAUUCUUCAAGAAGCUGUAUGCCGGCGCCGACCCAGAGACUCGCCGAGCUAUGAUCAAAAGCUACACCGAAAGCCAGGGAACGUCGCUGAGCACGAACUGGUCCGAGGUCGCGAAGGGGAAGGUAGAGCCUCACCCUGAAUGA